GUAAACGGAAGUGAACUGCCCAAUAAUCAUUUCCAAGUUAGCGUUUUAUUGUUAUUCAAACAUUUACGCCAUGGAAAAAAACAUGACUCAUUUAACUGCACAGCAUCACAUACUUGUCCCAGGUAGUCUUUAAUUCGCGUUGGUGACCGGACUUGGUUGAUGUUAUCUAGGUAACGCUCGCUAGCUGCUAACGUUAGCUAACAAUGGCUGACUGUAUGGUUUUUCACACGCAAAUAGCCUCCAUCAUGGAGGUGUUAGCGAAUGCAGCAGUGACAGAAGUCUGUAAACUCGUAGACGACGACUAUGCAGUGUUUCGUUUGGAAAUAACUCAAAGCCAGAAAGAAAACAGGGUAUUACGGAGGAAACUACAGCUACUGGAACUGAAGGUGGCACGGGAGCGCGCAGAGACAAUACAAGAGCGCGUCCUCACCAGUCGUCCCAGUAGUGUCAAGAUCGUCGACCGAUACAGAGGAAUGGCAAGAGGUGAAGGACAUCUCACUGGAGGCCACAGGAGCUUUGUGAAGCCAGCGGAACACAAUGCAUGGAGAGAUGACCAACCAAUCACUGUUGAUGAGGGGAGUGGAACCUCAACCCAGCAUGUUAUCGUGAUAGAGUCAGCAGAUGCUGCAGGUCCUGGGGUUAAGCAGGAGAGGCCUGAAGGAGAGGAGGACCCAUGGCACAGCAGAGACCUCCAGACUGGAACGGCUGGAGUGCCCCCUGUAGCCAGGGAGGACCGCGCCACAGUGCAGCCCAGGACCCAACGCAGCAUCACGGAGGAGGAGGGUCCAGAGGUGCUGCUGGUGAAGGAGGAGGGGUGUGAGGAGGGUCUGGGGAACCCUGAGGGAACCAUGGUCAUGGAGGACAACCAGACUACACCUCCUCCUGAACCCACAGAGGAACCAGCUGAGCAGCACAGGACCACACACAGUCUCACUGAGUCAGUAGACAUGGAGGAUGGGAAGCCUGAUCUGCUGCUGGUCAAAGAGGAGAUGAUAGAAGACGGACCAGUGAGCACUGAUCUGCUGAGUGGACUAAAGAUGGGGGAGCAAGGUGGUUGGCUGGAGGCUAACAGAGGAGACUGGGUGGCCAUCUUGGAUACCCAGACAGGUGCAACCAAGGGCUCAGGUGACAACAUCACUGAGCAGGCCAAGACCAGAGGCGACAUAGUGGAGGUCAGUGGAUGGGACAGCGUCCUCAACUCUGGGCUGGGGAACAACACUGUUAACCACAACCAGAAACAGACAGUCAAACACAAAGCAACAUCUGAACUUAGUCUCCAUGACAACAGACUGGCUGAAACCAGGCGUAGAUUUGGUCUGCUGGGACGGGGCGGUGUCAGUAUGCAGCAGGAGAGAACAGACACAGACUCUACUAGCGAUGCUCCGUCCUGCUCCUAUAGUUGUGAUUCAGAGAGACUGAUGGUGCCUCAGCUUAACCCCCUAACAGGUGCUGCCUUCAGCCUGCCUUCUAUAGGAUCUAUCAACUGGAACAUGGACCCUGCAACAACACAGACACUACCUGGCCUUCAUCCUCCUCACACUCUCCUGUUAAACCAGACCUCAGACAAUGCCUCAUCACUAAAUAGCUACACAAGCCCAUUGACAAAUGACAGUAGUAGAGACGCUAUCAGUAAAGGCAGUAGUGCCAAAGAGAAGCGCUUCCCAUGUUCGUUCUGUGGGAAAGCCUUCAGUUUCCCCAAACAGGUGGAGAUUCACCAGAGGAUUCACACAGGGGAGAAACCAUUCAGCUGCCACCUAUGCCAGGUCAGUUUCUCCCACUCGUCCAGCCUGAAGAGGCACCAGAGGGUCCACACAGGGGUGAAACCCUUCAGCUGUACCCAGUGUUACAUGCGCUUCGCCCAGGCUGGUGACCUGAAAAGGCACCAGAGGGUCCACACAGGGGAGAAACCAUACAGCUGUACCCAGUGUGAGAAGAGGUUCUCCCACCAGCACAAGCUGAAGAUGCACCUGAAGGUCCACACGGUAGAAAUGCUGUUUGCCUGUACGCACUGCGGGAAGAGGUUUUCAGAGAAGAGCUACCUCAGGAUACACCAGCAGAAACACCAUAACAUAGAAUGUAGCCUUUUCACUCAUUAGACCUUUAGAUCAAAGACAAAAGAUACAUUUUCAUUGUCUGCAGAAAAUAGCCACAGAUGCAUUUGGAAUAACAAGAGUAACAGAUUUUAGUGUUGAAUAUUCCUGGGUAGAAUAUUGCAUCCAGACAUUGUGUGAUAUAUAAGGCCUAACGAGUCUGUUUCAAAUUGUGUUUGUACUGUGUAGGCUAUAUGAUGUUCACAAAUGCCUAAUUCAUUUCCUCCAUUCAACUAUUAAAUGUUUUUCCCAAGACACAUUUUAAUGAGAAAAUUAAUAAAGUUCAUGAAGUUUAUGCAGAUUUAGUUAAGACGUGUGGUUUUCAUAUGGUGUAUUUAACAUAAAUAAACAAACUGGGACAUUUCA